AUGGCCGGGACACUCGAGUGUCACCCAUUUGAUGGUCAAUCGGCUGAAAUUGCACUGAAACCGUAUUUCGACAGAACCCUUCCAGAUGAAGAAACGUGGCUGACCCCCACAGAUCUGCAUAGGGCUCGGUUACUAAAUGGACGAGAUGUGCGACUUAUCAACGACUCAGCGAUGUAUAAUGCAAACCGAUUUGAAGGAGAUAUUAUAAACACCAAUCCCAACUAUCGAAAAGGAAGCUCGUAUGGUGAGCAUUUUCUGGUUUCCAUGCGUGGAGUUCAAAGGAAUGCUGUGCGACAGACUUAUUUGAAGUGGGCAGACGGGCGAAUUCCUUACACAAUAAGCUCGCAGUAUUCCUCAUACAGCCGAUCGAAGAUAGCUGAAGCAAUUGAGGAAUACCGAAAGAAGACUUGUAUAGAUUUUUCACCAAAAAGUGCUGCUGAUCAGGACUACAUACAUAUUGUACCGGACGAUGGUUGCUAUUCCUUGGUCGGUCGAAUAGGAGGCAAGCAACCAGUCAGCCUGGGCGAUGGCUGUAUACAGAAGGGAAUCAUCAUCCACGAACUGAUGCAUGCUGUUGGAUUUUUCCACGAGCAAAGUCGUGCUGAUCGUGAUGAUCAUGUGAUUAUCAACUGGAACAAUGUCGAAUCAGGCCUUCAAGACCAAUUUGACAAAUACUCCUUGAGCAUGGUGAACCAUCUUGAAACCGAAUAUGACUACGGAUCGGUAAUGCACUAUGCACCCACAGCAUUCAGUAAGAAUGGCAAACCAACAAUAGAACCACGGAAGAAAGGAGUAGAAAUUGGUCAACGCAUUGGCUUUAGUGAACUGGAUUUGUACAAAAUUAAUAAGUUAUAUAACUGUCCACAGUCUGAAACGAAACCAAGCACGCUACAAAAGACGAUGAUGGGCACCAAGUCAGGGGUUGAAUCGUCAAGUUUGACAUCAACAGAGGAGCCUAACAAUAGCGAAAAUGGUCAGGAAACAACCACGUCCGCAGUUACGUCAGAAAGCGAAUUGCUUCUCUUGCUCACAAAAACAUGCGCUGAC